AUGGUCCACUCUCACCACUCUCAUUCCGGGCAGUAUGUCUCUCAUGCUGUCGACCAGCUUGACGACGUGAUUUCUAGAGUCAAGGAGAUGGGUUUUGAGACUUUUUGUUUAACCGAGCAUGUUCCGAGAUACGAUCUCAAGUUAUUGUAUCCAGAAGAGCUUGACAAGGGUUACAAUGUUGAUUCCUUGGUUGGCAAAUUUCAAGAUUACCUCAAGCAUGCUCGUUCAAUUCAGAAAGAAAUUAAUAGCGAUGACUCUUCAAGAUUGAAGAUCCUGGUCGGGUUCGAGACUGAAGGUGGAAUAGACGAUUAUCAUUUGGAACGCUGCCUGAAGUUCAAGCAAGAGUUAAAACCAGACAUUAUUGUCGGUUCUGUUCACCAUUUAAAUGCAAUUGACAUUGACUACGAUAGAGCCAAAUGGUUGCAAGCUAAAGGUGAUCUUACUUUGAAAGAGUUCUUUUUGGCAUACUUCAAACAACACCAAAAAAUGGUUAUCAAGCUCGAACCAGAAGUGGUUGGACAUUUUGAUUUAAUUAGACUUUUCUCCAGCGAAUAUGAUAAAUGCUCAGAUACGGGAAAGAUAUUGAAGGAAAUCGAUAUACAAAAGGACUGGCCAGACGUCUGGAAGGUGAUAAGCGAGACUGUUGAUUUGAUAAUAAAACAGGGGGGGCUGAUCGAGUUGAACUCGGCUGCAAUCAGAAAAGGAUGGACUACGGCGUAUCCGAAAGACGAUAUUCUGAAACUAAUUAUUGAAAAAGGAGGUAGAGUAUGUUUGAGUGAUGAUUCUCAUGGGGUGAAGCAAGUUGGACUCAACUAUGAAAAAGUGUUGAAACAUUUACAAGAGCUCCAGCUGGAGCGUCUCUACUAUUGGGACUUGGAUAAGCAGGGUCUGCCGUUCAUCAACAGUCGUAGCUUGGAAGAUAUCGCUCUAGACCCAUUCUGGAACAAUUAUAAAUAA